AAAAACUCGAUCAAACUGCUCAUCGCACGUGUUGAUGUAAACACUGUUUCCAAACCCGGUCCCAGUGUUCACUUUCUCGUUCAAAUUGGAUAGUUCUACCACAGAAAUUCAAUGGAAAUAUGAAUAAAUUUACUGGUUUCAGUGAUCUCUGUGUGCCGUACAACAGUUCGACCAAAGAACUUCUAGGAAUAUUGAAAGAAUUGGAUGAAUUGGGUUUUAAAAAUGUGGCCAUUGAACAAAUUUACAAUCACGAUAAUUGCGACAAAAAAGGCGAUCCAAUACCAGCUCCCGUUGAUUUGAAAACCUUGAGCAAAGAGCUGAGUGGCCGCCUGAGGUUACUAAACCGCUUGACCAUAGUCUAUACGGAAGGAAACGUCACUUUAAUAACCACCCGUUCAGCCAAACUUCGCGGCUACCAUUUGGUGGCCGUAGUGCCCAUAACGGAAGAUGCCUUUCAACAUGCCUGCCAAACGAUGUCCUGUGAUAUCAUUUCGUACAACUCGGACACGGUGCGAAUUAAAAUGAGCCGGAAGUUCUACUUUGUUGCGGUAAACAGGAACAUCAUGUUCGAAAUCAAGUACGCUCCGGCCAUUGUCAACUCGAACGAUCGGAAAGAUAUUAUCAACCGAGCUCACAAGUACCAUUCCUAUGGGAAGUCGAAGAAUGUCAUCAUUAGCAGCGAAGCCAGAGAUCGGUUCCAAGUGCGGGGGCCUUAUGACAUUGCUAAUCUUGGCCUAAUAUUCGGACUAAGUGAAGAACAGUCCAAAAACGCCAUUCUGGCUUUGCCCAGGAAAGUGCUUAUCAACGCGGAUGCCCGGAGGCACGGCAAAGCUGGUGUAGUGAUAAGCGUGCGUCAGGGGGCGGUAGACAGCGACGACUAUUCAGAUUCGGAGGUAAAUGAACCUAUCAGCGAUAGCGACGAGGAGGAGUCGGAGGAAAUGGAUCCAGAUGAGGAUAUGCAGAGUGAUGAUGGUCAGGAACCGCCUCUGAAAAUAGCGAAAAUUUGAUGAUUGAAAUCCGUUAUCGUUUGAAAUACACUGCCUUUGUAUAUGCUUAUA